AUGGGAAGAUCAACACCAAACACACGUACAAGAAGACCACCAAAUGGAUUUUAUUAUGUCUUACCAGAAUGGUAUGGAGAGAAGCUUCAGCAGAAGGAAACAUAUGAACAAUUAGCACUUGAUGUCCUAAAUUUACAUUCCCAGAAGCACCCAAGAUAUAGAUACAGACCAAAUUCACGUUCUAAUAAGGCAGUACCUAUGUAUCAUCCAUAUAUGAAUACAACACCACGUUCUAAGGCCGUGCCUUUAUAUAAUUCAUAUAUGAAUACAUCAUCAACUUCAGCCUCUUAUCCUACUCAAAUGCCGAUUCCACAAGUUAAUUAUCAAACAACUGAUUUAUUAUCACAAUCUUCACUAGAAAUUGAUUUAUAUCAAUAUUAUCAAAAUCCAUGCAAUAAU